GGAGGAGUAGUGGAACGGGUGGGGCCGGGAGUGAACCGGCUGGGGUUGAAGAGGCGGGGAAGAAGCUGGGAGAGGGAGAGCGAAGUGCGAAUGCGGAGGCGAGUGGGAGCGGCAGCGAGGGCGAGAAGGAGGCGGCGAAGGAGGGAGGAGAAGGUACGGGGUUGAAGGCGGAGAGCAGCUCAAGUGGUAGCAGCAGCGGGAGUAGCAGCAGCACUGGUGGCAGCACUAGCAACAGCACCAGCAGCGGUAGCAGAAGCGAACGAAGCAGCGGCGGGGGGGAUUGCCGGUCUGAGGCAUGGGCGAAGCCGGUCGUACCUUCCGGCGACCCGCGACUCAUGGUCGACGCGUACGGCAUGACUCCGUACUCCAUUGCAUGCAAGCGCAAGGACCGCCGCCGCAUGCUGGUUGAGCUGUUAGACCCCGCAACCGAUUUUUGCGCAAACGAGGGCGAGGAACAGGCAGACGGGCAGGCGGCGGCAGGUGCAGGUAGCGAUAGCGCCGGUGGUGCUGGCGCCAGCUUGCUAGGGUCGCGGAGCUUUGGCCGCCGUCGCGGCCUGGGCGGCGGUCGCGGCGAUGAGGACGAUGAUGAGGAUUCGGAUUCAGAGGGCGGCGUGGCAGGGCCGUUGCUGCUGUGGGAGGGAGUGGAGUUGGUGCAGGGGAUUGCCGCGGACCCAGCCUCGUUCUUUGCGUUGCAGCAGACGGCGCCAUUGCUGCAGCCACUACAGCCGGAAGAGCCUGCAGCUACUGCGGCGGCUGCGGCGGCUGCUGUCGCUAACAGCGGAGGCGUGGGUGCAAACGGCGGCGCCGGGCGUCGGCGUUCCUCGGCGAUUUCAGCGGUGGGGCUGCUGCGUCGGGGCAGCGGAGGUAGUGAGGACACCGGCGGUGCGGAUGGAGGGCGGAUCAGCAGCGGCCGGGCUGGGAGUAGGGCCGUCCUGACGGAGGAAGCUGUUCCGGACUGCUUCCUGUGUCCGCUGACGUGUGAGGUGUUUCGGGACCCUGUGGUGGCGGCGGACGGCGUCACCUACGAGCGCGAGGCCAUUGAGCGGCACCUGCGUCACGUGGCCACCUCGCCUCUCACCAAGCAGCGCCUGGCAAGCAAGGUGGUCUACCCAAACAGCGCGCUCAAGCGGGCUAUCGAGCACUGGGAACUUCUGAGGGCGGGUGGUGGUGGUGGUGCGGCAGCGGGUGGUUCGGGUUCUGAAAGCACGGGGCUGCUUGGAAGGCGGUGAGGAGGGGGAUGAGGGAGAACGGAGGCUGCUUGGGUGUAAGCUCGUGGGUGCGAGGAAGCGGAUUGGAUUAGGUCAUGAGUGGAAGGCAGGAUGCGCAUGGGUUAAGAAGCAUCAUGGUAGGGGUAUGCUGCAUUGAAGGACGUUGAGAGGUGAAGUUGACCGCAAGUUGAGGAGCGUUGGAUGUGUUUAGGUAGGAAGUAGAAAGGUAGAAACACGUAGGUGGGGAAUGAUGCUGCAUGGGGGCUUUGGAGCUACACGCUGGCUGUGGGGCAUGAUUUUGGUUCCGCCUCGUUCGCACACAUCAUC